AUGGAAGACUCGGCUUCUGACGCACGACCUCUCAAGCGUGCGAAGCUCGAUAAUGACAGCAACGGAGCGAUUCACAAACCUCCAAGCACCAUCCCCGCCGCUCAGCAGGACUUGGGAGUCAGUACGAUGGGUGACAACAUAGCGCUCGACGAUAAUGCGAAGGAGCUUGAGGUAGGUAUUACCGCCUUCAUUGAUGGAUCCCGAAAGCCAUUUCAAGGUAUUCUCAAGAAGAGGUACACAGACUUCUUGGUCAACGAAAUUUUGCCCGAUGGAACUGUCUUGCAUUUGCAGCAAAUGAACGCGAAGCCCUUGUCAAGAGGAACCGAACGAACCAGCAGUCAGAGCCUGCCGUCACGAAGGGAGCAAAAGGAUGCCAGGGAAGAGGCACCAGUGGUAGCAGAAACAACGGCACAGGACUCUAAUCAGAUCGGGGAAGAGACAACUAGCAAAGAUGCAGCCGAAGCCAAAACAGAUUCCAAACUACCAGAUGUGUCUGACGAGGACCGCUCAAAAUUGGUCGGCUAUUUCAACGAAGAGGCCGCGGACCAACUAUUAGCACUCUACGAGUCCAUUCGUCGCCAUCCAGAAAGAAAGCCGCGGGAUCAUCCUGUAGUACGUACUGCGUUCACGACCGACCGGAGUAUUCGACCGUUGAUCCACGAAGAUAUUCGUCGCAUAUUUUCCCGCAAAAUCGAAUCAUCAACCGACAAGGAAGGGAUCCUGGUCUUGACAGCCGCACCGCCAAAUGCUCCUGCCCGAAAGUGGGGAGGCAAGCCGAAUGACAAAGGACAGAGACCAGGCAAGUUAGGCUGGCUGGACCGAGGUGGCGAGUACGUGCAUUUCACGUUGUACAAGGAAAACAAAGACACGCUGGAAAUCAUCUCCGCACUCACCCGACAGCUCAGGACGACAAACAGGACUUUUCAAUUCGCAGGAACCAAAGACCGGCGAGCGGUGACAAGUCAGAGAGUCAGUGCCUACCGCAUCGAACCGGAGCGCCUGGCAGGGCUGAACAAAUUCUUGCGAUUUGCUGGUAUCGGCGACUUCCAGCACCAACCUCAAGGCCUGGAGCUCGGCGACCUCAAGGGGAACGAAUUUGUGAUCACUCUGAGAGACUGCAAGCUGCAUGGGUCGGACGAAGUCGAUUCUGCUGCCAGAAUAUCCACAGCUCAGACCUAUUUGUCCGAGUCCUUACGUGGCCUACGUGAAAAGGGGUACCUGAACUACUAUGGCCUACAGCGUUUCGGGACUUUCGCUACACGUACGGAUGUCGUUGGUUUAAAGUGUCUCAAGGGGGACUUCAAGGGUGCUUGUGAUGACAUCCUGACCUUUUCUCCUAUCGCACUGCAGCCUGCUGAUUCCACAGGAGCUUUGGUGGGCCAAGACGACCGAGCACGAGCUGAAGCUAUCGACAUGUGGAGAAAGAACAACAGAAUGGGUGACGCCUUGGACAAGAUGCCCCGCAAAUUCAGCGCCGAAACCGCGCUGAUCAGACACCUGACUAGGCGUGCGGAUGACUAUCUCGGAGCAUUGAUGUCCAUCCAACGCAAUUUGAGACUCAUGUACGUCCACGCAUACCAGUCAUUGAUCUGGAACCUGGCCGUAGGAGAGCGUUGGCGGCUGUUCGGUGACGCUGUCGUCGAAGGCGAUCUCGUUUUGAUUCGCGAGCACAAAGACAAAGAAACACGCCAGGAAGAGAAAGAGAUGGUCGACGCUGAUGGCGAAGUGAUUAUCAAUCCUGAAGGCGAAGAUAGGGCGUACGAUCCCGACGAUGUUUACGAGCGAGCAAGAGCAUUGACGGCUACCGAGGCGGCGAGCGGGCAGUAUUCCAUCUUCGAUGUUGUCCUGCCCUUGCCAGGAUACGAUGUGCUUUACCCCGCGAACGCGAGUGGAGAUUGGUACAAGACGAUCAUGGCGACUGAAGCUGGCGGCGGUCUCGAUCCGUAUGACAUGCGUCGCAAGCAGAAGGACUUUAGCCUUAGUGGCGGCUAUAGGAAAGUGCUGGCGAGGAUCGGAGAGGACUUUGACGUCGAAGUUCACGAGUACUCGAAUGACGACCAGCAAUUCGUCGAGACGGAUAUGGACAGGAUCAAGAAGAGCAAACAAGGCGAAAAAUCGGGAGAAGGAUCGGCGGAAAAUGCAGAAAACGGCAGUGGCGCGGGCGAGAGUGGCGAUCAGCCAAAGAAACUGGCGGCUGUGCUCAAGUUCCAGCUGGGAUCGAGUCAAUAUGCUACGAUGGCUCUGCGGGAGUUGUCCAAGGGUGGUAUCCAGGCUUACAAACCGGAGUUCAUGGGUGGGAGAUAA